AUGCGCACUCCCUCCCGUCGCCUAACUGCACUCCCUUCCGUCGCCUAUGCGCACUCCCUUCCAUCGCCUAUGCGCACUCCCUUCCGUCGCCCACACGCACUCCAUUUCGUCGCCCACACGUACUCCCUUCCGUCGCCCACACACAAUCCCUUCCGGAGCCCAUGCGCACCCCCUUCCGCCGCCCAUGCGCACUCCCUUCCGCCGCCCGUGCGCACUCCCUUCCGCCGCCCGUGCGCACUCCCUUCCGCCGCCCAUGCGCAUUCCCUUCCGCCGCCCAUGCGCACUCCCUUCCGUCGCCUCCCCAUCCCUCACCUCCUCAUUCCUCACCUCCUCAUCCCUCAUGUCCUCAUCCUUUAUUUUCCCAUCCCUCAUCACCCCAUCCCUCGCUGCGACACCGUGAGUGGCACCAUUUCCGCCCCACCCCAUUCCGCCCCACCCCAUUCCGCCCCACCCCAUUCCGCCCCACCUCAGUCCGCCCCACCCCAUCUCCUCCUCACCUCACUCCGCCUCACCCCAUUCCGUCUCAACACCUUCCCCGUUUCCUCUCCCGAUCGCCCUCUCCCUUAUUUCCCCCGCGCCCUCGAUCCUAUUCUUCUCCCGCCCCCUCUCCCAUGUUUCUCCCCGUCCCGCCCCCACACCCUCCGCCCAACAGGGACAACCGGAAGCGCGUGCUACAGCUGCUGCUGUGCUCGUGCUACAUGCCGGAUUCCCCCCACCCUCAGCCGUCCUUCCCCCCACCCUCAGCCGUCCUUCCCCCCACCCUCAGCCCUCCUUCCCCCCACCCUCAGCCCUCCUUCCCCCCACCCUCACGCCUCCUUCCCCCACCCUCAGCGCUCCUUCCCACACCCUCAGCCCUCCUUCCCCCCACCCUCACGCCAUACAUCCCCCCACCCUCUGCCCUCCUUCCCCCACCCUCAGCCCUCCUUCCCCCCACCCUCAGCCCUCCUUCCCCCCACCCUCUGCCCUCCUUCCCCCCACCCUCUGCCCUCCUUCCCCCCACCCUCACGCCUCCUUCCCCCCACCCUCACGCCUCCUUCCCCCCACCAUCCCUCCUCUCCCCGGCCCUCCUCUCCCUAUCCGUCCUCAUACCAUCCCUCCUCUCCCCGUCCCUCCUCUCCCCGUCCCUCCUCUCCCUAUCUGUCCUCAUACCAUCCCGUCCUCGUUACCUGGAAAUGGGAUGAGUCUGAGAGGUCGCGAGGGCGAGGUCGUUGGGAAAGCGUGGGCGAUGGGGAAGGGAAGCUGUGGGCGAUGUGGGAGGGAACAGGAGCAGGGCGAGACAAGGUCAGGGGGGUCAAGGGGUAUGCCCUGUGUGCGGGAACGAAGCGUGGCGGCGGUUUUGGCAGUAACUCACCAGCAGCGGGACUCGAAAUGACGGCGCGAGGCAAGCAGCAGCAGCAUGCCUUACUCCCCUCCUCCUUAAUCUCCUCACUCUCCAUCAACCCCGCGACUUUUUUCUCCAACCGCCCCGUGCGGCUCGUCUUCGUCGGCUCGCUCCUCCUCUGCCUCUGCAUCCUCCUCUCCGACCUCUUCCUCCAAUCAAACGACGACGCGUCAGCCGCGCCCGCCGCCGCGUCGCCCGCCGUCGCCGCUGCCGUCGCGUCGGGGCGCUACCCGACGAGAGUUUCUCCGCACGACACGCUGCGCUGGUUUCGAGAAGAGGCGCGCCGGGGGAGACCGGAAGGGGGAGGGGGAGCGUUGGGGGGAUGGCAGCAGGGGGACAGGGGCGAGCCUGUGCGCGUGCUUCAGGCGGAAAUUGCUCGCUAUAGGGAGGGUCAGGGGGGCGUGAUUGCAACGGGGGUGGAGCAUGACGGGGGACGCGGGGACGGGGGAGGAUUGGCAGGGGGAGGGACGGCUCAAUUGGGGGAGAUGGACGGAGGUGGGCCGAGAGGAGAGGAGGGAGGUAGGGGGGAAGCGGACGGGGUAGCAAUGGCUGCUUUCAUUCCCUCUUUGUCUGACGCAGAUGGUGACACGUCAGAGGAGGGCUCGUCUGAGUCAGCAGCGGAUGGGCCACCUGAAAGCGCGGCGUCGUCAGCGGAAGAGCAAGCCUCGGCCCUGCUGGCCGCUGAUCCAGGGGCAGCAGCACUGCUGUCGGGGUCCAUCCCCACGGGCCCACUCUCUGCCAUCAAGGAGAAGAUGGCCGAAAUCAACCGCCAGCUCGACGACGCCAGGUCAGCGCUCGCCCAAUCGGAGAAGGAGAAAGCCCAGCUGGUCGCUGAGCUGGCGAAGAUGCGAGACAGCGGAGGGGGAGCGGGAGGGGGAGCAGGUGGGGGCGGGGCAGCCGGAGCGGGAGUGGUAGCAGCAGCAGCAGGGGGAAGUGCAGCGAGUGCAGCGGCGCGGUCACCCGGGUUUGGGCUGUGCAUGGCGACAACAGCGGAGAUGCGGCGCUAUCUCAACUACACCAAGCGUGCCGCCUGCCCCGACGACUGGCGCUUUGUCGAGCACCUCCGCUUCGCUCGCAACUGCCUGCACCUCCCCCGCCGCCGCUGCCGAGCCACUGCUCUCACCCCCCCGGAUUUUCAAGAGUACACCCUCGGUUUUCCGGCGGCUGUGUUUGCGAAGGAGGCGCUGCGAGACGAGAACGUGCGGUGGGGGGAGGGCAUGCGGUGCGGGUCGUAUAAGGAGUGCGUGGAGGUGAGUAAGGAGGAGGGCGUGGCGUGCAAGGGGUGCUUUGACGUGGAGUCGGAACAGCACUGGUGGGAUAAGAGUGUGUCCGGUACGAUUCCCCUCAAGGCUUUCCUCAAGCUGAAGCCGCCAGGGGCGCUGAGGAUUGGCCUGGAUGUGGGAGGUGGUACGGGAGGGUUCGCUGCGGUGAUGGCUCUGCACAAUAUCACUAUAAUCACCACAGGAAUGAACACGGAUGGCGGGCGAGAGGACGAGAAAGCUGUCCCAUACAUGCAGACCAUAGCCCAGCGUGGCCUCGUUCCCCUCUACCUCCCACACUCUGCUCCGCUCCCGUUUUUCGACAACACUUUGGACCUCAUUCACACGCUCAACAGCGUUAAGUACCCGCACUUAGCUGAGUUUGAGGCGAUGCUGUUCGAGUGGGACAGGGUGGUGAGACCGGGCGGGCUGUGGUGGAUAGAGAUGUUCUACGCGCCCGACAAGGAGAUGAAGGCGUACGUGCAAGCGCUGGAGGCGUUUGGGUAUGGCAAGCGGUACUGGAGCCUGGGGAGGAAGCAGCGUGCUUCGGAGCGGAAAGGCAACCACUUUGUGCUCACGUGUGUGCUGGAGAAACCGUUGAAGCUGCAAGGGUGA